GGAAGCCUAGCCAGGCCCUCCAAGAGCAGCGGGGAGGGACUGCUCUCAGAUCCGGACAGAGAACCCCAGCGCCCCCAGUGGUGUGUACACCAUUCAGCCAGGGGGAGCCAGCACUCCCUUCCGGGUUCUCUGUGACAUGCGCAUGGACGGUGGCUGGACAGUGAUUCAGAGUCGAGACGGGGGCAGAGAGAGGCCCCUGGACUUCGAGAGGUGUUGGCAGGAGUACAAGCAGGGCUUCGGCGACUUGGGAGGUGAUCACUGGCUGGGGUUGGAGCACAUCUCCAGCCUCACCUCCCAGCCCGGACUGCACACGGAGCUCACCGUAGACCUGCAGGACGUGGGCAACAACACGCUGCAGGCGCACUACGACAACUUCCACGUGGACAAGGAGGACCGGUUUUACCGGCUGACCCUAGGUCUGUACUCGGGGAAUGCAGGGGACGCGUUCCGAGGCAGAAGCCGCACGGACGACCAGGAGGGCUGCGGCUUCAGCACGCUGGACCGCGACCACGACCGCUGCGCGCCCUGCACCGACGGCGCGCGCACUUUCGCCAGCUGCAGCCGCGAUCGCUCCGGCUCCGGCUGGUGGUACAGCGACUGCGGCCAGGCGGACCUCAAUGGGCGGUGGCCGGAGCCCAUGGGGACCAUCGAGGGCGUGCGCUGGGCCGGCGGCGGCAGCGAGUCGGCCCUGCGCGCCAGCGUGAUGCGCGUGCGCACCACCGCGCCCCGCAAGGCCUAGGCCUGUGGUGCAGGGCCAGUCAGGCCUCAUUAAACGUUCCAGGCAGGCUGU